GAACCGACUGCCCCAGGGGUGGAAACACAGCCCCACCAUCUGCCAUGGACUGAUCCAGGCUGCACUGGAAAAGGGUGAGGCUCCAGAACACCUGCAGUACAUUGAUGACAUCAUUGUGUGGGGGAAAACAGCAGCAGAGGUAUUUGAGAAAGGGGAGAAAAUCAUCCAGAUUCUCCUGAAAGCUGGUUUUGCCAUCAAGAAGAGCAAGGUCAAAGGACCUGCUCGAGAGAUCCAGUUCCUGGGAGUGAAGUGGCAAGAUGGACGGCGUCAGAUUCCUACAGAUAUCAUUAACAAGAUCACAGCGAUGUCUCCACCAACCAGCAAGAAGGAAACACAAGCUUUCUUAGGCGCCAUAGGUUUUUGGAGAAUGCACAUUCCUGAGUAUAGCCAGAUCGUGAGCCCUCUCUACCUGGUCACUCGCAAGAAGAAUGAUUUCCACUGGGGCCUUGAGCAGCAACAAGCCUUCACCCAGAUCAAGCAGGAGAUUGCCCAUGCAGUAGCCCUUGGCCCAGUCAGGACAGGACCAGAUGUGAAGAAUGUGCUUUACUCUGCAGCCGGGAACCAUGGUUUGUCCUGGAGCCUUUGGCAGAAAGUGCCUGGUGAGACUCGCGGCCGACCACUGGGAUUUUGGAGUCGAAGCUAUAGGGGGUCUGAAGCCAACUAUACUCCAACAGAGAAGGAAAUUUUAGCAGCCUAUGAAGGAGUUCAGGCCGCCUCGGAGGUGAUCGGUACAGAAGCGCAACUCCUCCUGGCACCCCGACUGCCAGUGCUGGGGUGGAUGUUCAAAGCAAAGAUUCCCUCCACCCACCAUGCCACCAGUGCCACAUGGAGCAAGUGGAUUGCCCUUAUUACGCAGCGCGCCCGGAUUGGAAAAUUGAAUCGCCCUGGGAUUUUGGAGAUAAUUACAAACUGGCCUGAAGGUGAAAACUUUAGUCUUGCAGAUGAAGAGGAGGAAGUGGCACAUGCUGAAGAAGAGCCACCAUAUAACCAACUGCCAGCAGAAGAAACACACUAUGCUCUUUUCACUGAUGGCUCUUGCCGCAUUGUAGGAAUGAAACGGAAGUGGAAAGCAGCCGUAUGGAGUCCCACACGACGAGUUGCGGAAGCUACUGAAGGGGAAGGUGGAUCGAGUCAAUUUGCUGAACUCAAAGCGGUUCAACUGGCCCUGGACAUUGCUGAAAGGGAGAAGUGGCCAAAACUCUACCUCUACACUGAUUCAUGGAUGGUAGCCAAUGCUCUGUGGGGGUGGCUGGAGAGGUGGAAGAAAGCUAAUUGGCAGCGUAGAGGAAAACCAAUUUGGGCUGCUGAUGAGUGGAAAAACAUUGCCACCAGGGUAGAGAAGCUACCGGUGAAAGUUCGUCAUGUAGAUGCCCAUGUCCCCAAGAGCAGAGCCAAUGAGGAACACCAAAACAACCAGCAAGUAGAUCGGGCUGCAAAGAUAGGGGUAUCAAAGAUAGACUUGGAUUGGCAACACAAAGGGGAAUUGUUCUUGGCACGAUGGGCCCAUGAUGCCUCAGGCCAUCAGGGUAGAGAUGCCACUUUUAAGUGGGCACGAGAUCGAGGGGUGGAUCUAACCAUGGACAGUAUAUCUCAGGUAAUCCACGACUGUGAGACAUGUGCUACCAUCAAACAGGCCAAGCGGGUAAAGCCCCUGUGGUAUGGUGGGCGGUGGUCCAAGUACAAGUAUGGGGAGGCCUGGCAGAUUGACUACAUCACACUGCCCCAGACACGCCACGGCAAGCGUUAUGUGCUCACAAUGGUAGAAGCCACCACGGGAUGGUUGGAAACCUAUCCUGUGCCUCAUGCUACGGCCCGUAACACCAUCCUAGGCCUUGAAAAGCAAAUUCUUUGGAGGCAUGGUACCCCUGAGAGGAUUGAGUCCGACAAUGGAACUCAUUUCAAGAACAGCCUUAUCAACACUUGGGCUAGGGAACAUGGUAUUGAGUGGGUGUACCAUAUUCCCUACCAUGCACCAGCUGCAGGAAAAGUAGAGAGUUAGUUUUAGCUAGCUGAGGCAGAGAAGUUCCCUGGACUGUGGUUUUUUUCCCUUUCUCUGGACCUGCUCUGGACUGAACACCAGAAGAGCAUCAGCAGCUCACAUCUGUGGCCCAGCGGGCCGGGCCUGGGCCGCGGCAUUGCCAGCGCUGGAAGGACUGGUCAGAGACUGAGUGAGCUGAGCUGCAGCCCGGGGGGGGAUUUGCUCUGAAUUUGUCUCUCUUGGAGUGGCAAGAAGUCUUAUUGUUUAAUAUUGUCUAAGUUCU